GAAGGUUCAUUUUCAUCUGAGCAGUUGCCGGAGUCGGACGGUGUUUUCAGUGGCGGUCCUGCCUGACUAGUAGAGUAGUGAAGGGAUUUUGAAGCUGCUGUUGGAGCCUUGUGUGCGUUGUUGAGAGAGUUCACGCAGAGAAGAAAAGUGAGAUUUUGAAUGUGGAAAUUCUUGAAUCCAAGAAUCAGCAGAUUAAAGAAGUAGCCAGAGAGAGGUGUACUGCUGCAUAUGGUGGUGAUGAGACUUGCCUCUAUCCAAACGGGUGUGCAAUGCGGGAAUCGUUUUGGAAGUCUUGACAUUGUUGUGCGGUAAAGUUAGAAAAUCGUGCUGUACGAACGGCAGCGUGUCUGAGAAAAAAGGUCCGUGAGUCAUAGUUCUGCGUGAGAACGAAUUAACUGCCCGGCAACAUUUUGCCGCUGCUGUGUGUGAUGAGAUUUGUGAUCCUUUACCGGAAAGCUCAUCCAACCUCUCGGAAGUUCGUACUCAGUGACAUUGAAAAUGAGAUGUGCUUAACUCGGCAGUAGUGUGUUUUUCAAGAAUUACGGCGUCUCUUUCCACAAGAUUGAAACUCUAUUCCUGAGUGAAGUUGUUGCGAGUUCCAAGUAAGACUGGGCCUGGUCAGUGAAUUCUAGCAGAGUAGUGUGUUCUUAAACCACAGAUCCCCUACUGCCUUCAAGUAUUUCGCGCGGGAAAUUCAACCAACAAUUGCAAAUCUGCGCUGCUGUGUGUACCAUCGAAGCCACCAUAAAUCCGACUGAAUUCAUCGCAAUUAUUUGGCUAAGCAAAACUAGUGAUAAGACCUUGAAUCGAACGAUACUCCUUCAGUAAGCAAUAUUUAGAACCACAGACAGAGAUAGCUUAACCCCUUUAAGUUGCCUUAAGGUUUAUUUAUAUAGAUUUAACAUUUAUCUUUAAACUACACUCUCUUUACAACUUCGACAUCAUCAGCAGUAGUAUAGCGGUAUCAGAUUAGGAGAAGCAAUUAAGAAUUGAAGUAACCGAUUUGCAAUAAUUCAUAUCUGCAUAUUACUAUUUAUCGCACAUCGAUAGAUCUCUAUUAUUCUCCUUUGGAGCGUAUAAUAUUAUAAUUAUUAUUCUUGAUUUCCAAACCAAAAAAAAUAUAAAUAAUUAAACGUCUCCCCCGAACGUUAGGAGCUAGCUAUUUUGCAUUUAAAUUGAUCGCCGAUACCAACCAAAUACUAGGAUAAAAUCUCUCGAAAGAGAUUACCAUCAGCGCAAUAUAAGGAACAGGGAAGAAAAAAGUACUCAUUUGUGUGGAAGUAAUAUAUUUAUAAAUUUCAAUUCAAAAGCAUUAUUAUUAGCCAGGAAGGGUUAAGAAGCUUCCAAAGACAUUAAGCUUAGUGCAGCAACACCCUUGACAAAAUGCUUCCAACAAGCCAGCAUCAGCAGCAGCAGCAGCAGCCGCACCAAUCGUCGGAUGUGGUGGCCCAGCAGCAGCAGCAGCAACUGCAACAGGACGCUCAAACGCAACAUCUUCUCAAUGUGGCCGCUUCAUCGUACAGUACGGCCGUUUCGUCGGCCGGCGGUUACAGCAUGAGCUACCCGAUCGUCAGCGGGCAUCAUCUGACCGAAAACAACAACCUGAUCAUGCAUCCGUCGUACGGCAAACCGGCAGCACAUGUUGCCCAUCAGCUGCCGCCAGCCUCACUCAUCACGCUCCAGCCGGUACCGCUCGAGGCGCAUCAUCAUUCUGCGCUGCACCAUGUGUCCAAUUUGGGACCACCGCCACCAGGUACACCCGGCGGCGGCUCCUUGCAACAGCAGCAACAGCAGGGACCACCGCCACCAUCCCAACAAUCGUCCCACGGAACGACGGUCGUAACGUCGCUGGCACCACCGCCCGGUGGUUCGUCCUCGCUCGGUGGUUUAAUAAUCGGCGGAGGACAACACUUGCAUCACGCACAGUCUCUACAGCAACAGCAGCAGCAGCAGCAGCAGCAACAGCAGCAGGCACAUCAACAGCAGCAACAGCAACAGCAACAACAGAUGGAACAGCAGAUGGGAGUUGGAUCCUCGAGCGCUGGCUCUCAAAUGCAGCAAGGAGGUCCACCGUCUUCCAUGUCGCACGCCUCGUCCAUGAACGAUCCCAACGGAAACGACAGUAGAGAUGAACGUAUCAACAACACCACAUGGGGCGGGAAGGAUGAUAACCAACGCGCCUCCAUCUGGAAACCGGGCUAUCGUCAUCUGGAGGACAUUCGCGGGAUAUUCAUGGAUCUAGAAUACGUCAGCAAGGGAACCAAACGAUCGCGAUGUGUGUGCGGUAAGAGGAAGAUUGAAGUAUUCAACUAUUCGAUAUAACUUUUUCAGCAUGAACAUAAUGAUCUGCUUACGAUCAAUAACAGUCGAUUAACACUUUACUCUCGCAUAGCUUCGUUAAAUCAACAAAGUAAUCUACAAUCCACUAAUCGCCGAAAUUUAUUUCCCCUAAUACCCCUAAAACUCUGUUAUGAGAUCGUCUGGGUCAUGUGACGAUCAUCAACAUCGAUCAAAAGUAAUGUGUAAAAUUCUAUCGAUUAACUUCGCGACCCCUUACAGUGCUUGGAGACCUCUCCUUCGUUCAAUAAAGCAAUAGAAAUUCCUUCCGAA